GAUAUCUAGCUAUCUAAGGUGGCUAAGCAAGACUUUCCAAAGAGGAAUUCAAAGGUAUGUCUUUUCAACGUCAUCCCAUCACUUCCUCCCAUCCAUCAAACAGUGGAUUGUUACUUUAACUUGUGCUGCAACUGUGUGCAGUAGUGCAGCUCUGCCGGCAGGGGGCGCCCUGCAGCUCCUCCGUGCUGCUGACACCACCUCUGGAGGAGUCAUUCAGCAUCUGCUCCUGCUCUACACUCCCUCACACGUUACAGCAGGCUGCACGGACUUAGUCCAUACAAUCAAUAUACAUUUUCAGGCUGCACGAAUAUUUCUUUGUUGUUUGUGUGUGCAGAGUGAUUCUGGACAAUAUGGAAACAGAGAGAAGAGCCUCCAAACAGUACGGCUCUCUGGAGGAGACGCAGGUGGACGGAGCGAAGGAGAAAGCAGAGGACGCAAUUUCGAUGGCUGACUCCACAAUCACGAUUGAAGACAUUGAAGGAGAGCUGAGCAAAAUUGAGCGGAUAAGAGACAUCCUGGUACGGAGGGAAUCGGAGCUGAGAUACAUGAUGGAUGACAUCCAGCUCUGCAAAGAAAUCACAAGACUGAAGACGGAGCUGCAGAAACUUGUCUCAAUUCCAGACAAUGACAAGUCCAAGGAGGACAGAGAGAGGGAAGAGGAGCUGCUGCAGCAGAUCAACAAGCUGGUGGAGACCAGAGACUUCCUCGUGGACGAUGUGGAGUUUGAAAGGCUGAGGGAAAGAGAGGAAGAUAGAGAAAUGGCCGCCUUCUUACAGUCCAAAUUUCCCAAGACAUUGGCUGCAAAAGGUACUUUGCAAGAUCAAAAGGUGGCAUCCAAAGCCCAGCAGACAUCAGCGCCGUUUGUCACUAAAACUGGACUUACACUACUGAAAGACUGCUGCGGCUUCACCUGCUCCAUCAUGUAACACUGCCUCUGUGUGUGUGUGUGUGUGUGUGUGUGUGUGUGCGCGAGCAUGUGGAUGCACCUUCAUGUGUAUAUUGUAUAUCCGCCCUACUCAGAAGGAUUAUCUGCAUUUUUCUUAAUUUGCUUGUAUGCAUAAAUAAUAUAUUAUGUGAUUAGCUGCUGUGAAAUCCUGUAUUAAUAUGUCUUGCAAAGGGGAAGGCGGCUGGCUUAUAGAUAAACUUUCGCUGCCAGUCUGCUUAAGGUAAUUAGAUAUCAUUAUGGCUGCUCUGACUAUUCAUUUGUGGUGUAUUAGAUGUUGUAAGAGUAGAAGUCACUGAGGGAACAAACAUAUUGUAGCGGAGGAUUAUUAACAUGGGACUGCAGCAAACGAUUUGUCUAUUUUUUAAACUUUUUUCAUUAUUCAGUUGAUUGUUUGGUCCAUGAAAUGGUACAGUUAUUGAGAGCAGUAGAGCAAAGGAGAGAUGCAGAAUAUUGAGUUAAUGUAAGAUGACAAUUUUAUGAAUUAAAUAAAAACAAGUAAUGUUUUGUGCUUUUUGAUGAGUUUUGCACAUCUGACUGACCCCACCUUUGUCUGAACAGGAUGUAAUUAGUCAUUAAGUGAUAUGCCUUACAGUUGUUUUUUUCACAUAUAUGCUAAAAAAUAAUGCGUCUUUAAUCUUUUAUUUUUGUGUGACAUGUCAUCUUUGCAGUGCAUUUAUAAUAUAAGACUUAAAAAGGUGCAAUGUGCAAGAUAUGGAUAGAUUUUUAUUUUCCUGAACCCACCAUCUCACCGACAGGAUUGAAACGUGUUUUCUUUAAAGAUUGCCAAAAAUCCACUGUUUAUAGAAAGAAACUGUAAAAAAUACAUUAUCAUUGAAAUUUGAACUUUAUGGCAGUCUUGAACGCAUCACAGGUUAUGAAAAUUUCCGUUAGAAAAAGUAAGAAAAACUAAGCUUACAAUUGUGAUAUUUCUGUCAGGUCGUGUUUGACUUAAGCAAUAGCUCAGACCAGUAUGUUACCACGGCUACGGGCCGUUGUUCGGCCCGACGCGAAUCGCAGUGGUGACUGCCGAGACACUGACAGCGGAGAUUUCUCUCCCUUAAGAACAUUCACUUAUACACAAACAAAGACUGAAA